CCUCCCGCGGGGCGGUGGGCCCCGAGUGCAGAGCAGCGGCGGCGGGGCGAGCUCGGAGCCCGCUCCGCCGGGCCAUGGCGAGCGGCGGCGCCGCGCCCGGGGGCUCGGGCUCGGGCACGGCGCUGCCCACCCGCUUCCAGGAGACCGAGAAGCUGCUGGCGGCCACCGAAAGCCGAGAGGAGAAGGGCCUCCGCGGCUCCAAAUCCUUCACGGCUGCGUUGACCACCGAGGCGGAGCGCAACGGGCACGGGCUCGCCUACAAGUCGGUGUCGGUCGGGCACCUGGAGGCGGCUCCGCUCUCGCCGUCCCGGCUCAGCCUGGGCAGAGCCUCUUCUACGGCCACCAGCACAGCGGCACCGGAUCAGGGCCGCCCACGGGACUACCUGGUGCUCGCCAUGUUCUCCUGCUUCUGCCCCGUCUGGCCCAUCAACAUCGUGGGCCUUGUCUUCUCCAUCAUGUCAAGGAAUAGCGGGCAGCAAGGGGACUUGGAUGGAGCCCGGCGACUCGGCCGCAUGGCCAGGCUGCUCAGCACUGUCUCCAUUGUCCUGGGGACCAUCAUCAUCGUGCUCUACAUUUCACUCAGCUUCAAAGUUUCCUAGAAGACGUUUUAGCAUGCAGAUACCUCGAAGAGGAGGAAGACAACUUCCCUUUUGGGGUUUUUACUUUCGGCCUUGCAACAAAAAAUUGUCACAGUGUAGGUGGGCAGCCCUAGACAGCCUGCUCUGGAGUGCCAUCUGAAGGAAUGCAUGCUUCUACUUCACCGCCUCUUGGAAAUGAGUUUGUACAAGUGAUGGGAUAAAAAAACAUCGCAAGAAUAAAUGGGAAUGAACAUUGGAUGCCGAACAGAGAGGAGAAGGGGGAAAUCCACUACCUCAUUCCCCUCCAGCAAAACUCACGGAGUGGGGAGACAACUAAAGUACAAGAGGAGAAGACAGUUUCAAGAGUGAAGCUUAUUUUAAAAGAAAAUUUAAGGCAAGAACAGGACAUUCUGAGGAACCCUCCUAAGAGUUUUGGCAGAAGUCACUGAAUUUUUGGGAGGUUGUUGGUUUUUAAAUCAUCAAAUUCUUUGUCUCUGUGAAAAAAAACAAAGCUCAAACUGCCAUCAGGAGCUGAGAGCUGUUCCACGGAGGAGGGAGAGCAGAGCUGCAGCAGGACCAUGGCUCUGCUCCGAACAAAACGCAGUUGUAAAAGCUGGAGGAUGUGGUGGGUGCUUUUGUAUUUUUGAUGAAAAAAAAAAAAAGAGACAAUGACCAUUUGCAUGCCUUUGGGAAUGUUCUCCAUGUCUGUUCCUACAAGCUCUUUUAUCAGUUAGGGCAGGUCUCAGAGCUGGCAGAGCAGAAUGUUGCUGCAUGAGAACGCCAGGCUCCUCCUCACCCCAACCCCAUGGUGGGGUUUUUAACGGAAGGAAAAAUAAUGCUUUCGCUGUUAACCAACACAUUUCUCUCUCUGUGCACCCAAAGUGAGGUUAAUAUUUGUGGAGCUGAGAAAAGAGCCUGGUUAAUCUGUAGCAGCAGUACCAAGGCACAGAGAGCCCGUUCUACCUACUUACACAUUUAUGUCAUGUCAUGUCCCUCACAAAAAAAGCUUCCAUGUGAUCCAAGCCCCGCCACUGUCAGUGCUCAUCUCCAUGACCCUUUUGGGCUUAAGCUUACGGACUUCCAGGAGAUUUCCACAGGCACAGAGGAGUUGGAGAUCCCCAGUCCUGCCCCCAAACCUCUCAGACGCUCUUCUGCAUCUCUGAAAAUCUCCAGCAACCCCAGAGCUCGCUGGGGUCAGUUCCACAAGCAGUAUUAUUUUUUAAUGUUUUAUAUUUAACAUAACAAGAAAAUAGACUUCUCUCCUCCUGAUCUGCCUAUAGGUAUCCCAUGCCCUACCAUGUCUUCCACAACACAUGGCUUCUCAGCCGUUUCCCACAGGAUCGGGUCCCAACACGCUCUCUUGACCAUCCAUCCAGCCCCAUCCCUUCUCUCACCCCUGCCCACCCUGUCCUUGCCACGGUUGUUACUGGGGUUGGUCCUCUCUCUGGCCACCCAGACUAUGCAAAGUUUCAUAGCCUAUUAUUUUAUUCAGGAUUUGUAGAUGGCUUCUGGCCGUAUCCACUGGCUCUGUAUUAGCUGAGCCUCUCUCUUUUAUCACAACCUUGAAGGCACAAGUACAUGGCCAAGAGCUACAUCCAGCCUUUCUCUUGUCUCCAGCUGAUAGCCCGGGACCUAGAAAUACGGACUGCACUGAAAAAUCAGGUGUUUCAGGGCAUUUCUGCUCCCCGUCCUCAAUCUCCUGAAAAAAAUACCCCAACCUUAGACCAAAUUUAAUGCUUCCGAGGGCUUGUCUACAUGGAGAAUCGACCACACACCCUAAGAAAAGGCACAACACGGUAACUGCUUGGCACUCACUUCUUCUCUGGAGCAUGUGAGUGGGCAAGUGUGCACGUGAGGGGUCAGCGCAGGGCAGGGGUCCAUUGUAAACCCACGCUGUGGUCCCUCUCUUGUAAUUAAUGGGCAAAGCCAUGGGCUUUGCUGUGGAAAUUCUCUUUGUCAGCUGUUUGACAGCUCCUCUUUAAAGUGUUUUCUUUCACUAAGUUAUAUUUGAAUGCAGGGGCUAAGAAAGCCAAAUCCCUUAGACACACCGUUAGCAUUUUUCUCUACAUUAAAAGGGAUUCCAGAGCAAUAGCACAUCAACACAGCGCCUUCUUGGCCUCCAUUCCCAUCCACCCCUUUGCCAGCACUUUAUUACAAACUGCUGGCUUCUAAAAUGGACCAAAUUUGCAAUCUUUCUUUUGCAGUUCAUUUUUUCGUGAGCUUCAGCAAACAGGAGCCGUUGAGCUGGCUGAGAGCUCCCACCCACAGCUGCUGCCAGGGUGCUCCUUGGCACCAGAUCUCCUCUUCCUGAGCUCAGCAGAAGCUCUCCCUCGGACAUUCAAACUCUUACCUUACGGUUGAUGAAAUUCCAUCAAAUCCCCCAAACACUUCCUUCUUUAAUGCCUGAACACAAAAGCUGCUAGCUGGGAAACACAGUAGUUUUCCUGAGCUAUGGAAGGGCAGUGCUGUCUGCCUGUGCAUCUUCUGCCUUUUGCUCCUCGAGCCACUGAAAUUCAGCUUAUGGGAAGAGCUGAGCAAGCUCUGAGAAGAGACAACAUUCAAGGGAAACUGCUGCACUGAGUUACAGUACUUGAGAGUGGCAAUUAUUUACUAAGUAAGAAUUUAAAUGCUCUUUUAUCAUUAUAUAAAGCCUUUCAUCUAAAGUGCUUUAGCACACUUAAAGGAUUAAACCUUGCCACCCCCUACGAGGUGGGUUAGCGUUACACUGCUCUAAUUGCACGGAUGGUAAAGUUGCUCAGAGUCACGUGCACCACGCAGCUCCAGAAAAAAAAGCUGUUUUCCUUUCUCCUCCUUCAUAGAAUCACGUAUGAACACAGAUUUCCUUUGAAUAUGAUUUUUCCAAAGGGAUCGAGGGAAUCACACACUACACAUCAAAAUUGACUGGGAUACCUGCAAUUGUAGGAACGAGGGGGCUUCACGAGGCAGCUGCAAUGAUCCUUGAAAAGCCCCUGGCUGGGGAAGAAGGGAGCAGCAGAGGUACCAGAUCUCAUCUGAACCUAAGAGAAAGCAGAAGCUUUCCCCCAAAACCCCGCAGUGAUGAUUUGUUGCAAGCACCCAAAUGUGAUUUGUGCCUCCUGCCUUAGCCCACACCCUCAGGCUGCUGAGGCGGCUGCUUCUCCUCUCACUAUUAAGUAUAAUAAAAAAGAAAAACUAAGACACUUAAACACCUUCCAUUUUUAAGCUUCUUUCUGACCAGAUACGAUUGCACUGCUUUGCACUCUUGAAUACUGCUUUUUGGUUCUUAUCUUACACGUAAAUCCAGAGGAAAGCCUCUACAGUCACUCCUGACAAAAUAUUUUCUCUCCUUGUAACGUGGCUGUCCAGACCAGAGAAAUAAACUCCCCAGGGGAAUCUGGAAAGUCUCUUCUCCCUGCUCUCCCACCACUUCUCCAUACAUUUUGCAGCCUUAUAUUUUGCAAAAUUUUGCCACUGGAUCCUUGCUCUCCACUCACAUAGGGUUUUAUCACAGCUCAGCUGCCUGCUUGGCUCCUUUGGGUGCAUGAGUUUGUAUUUGCAAAGGAAAACGUUGCUGAGCCCUCAGCCCUUGACACACCCCUCCCCUGUGAUUGUGUUAUGAGGAGCUAAAUCAUGGCAGAACUUCAUCUUGAGGCCACCAGCAGGCACGGUUCCUCCUUUGGUGUUCAUCUGGGGAAAAAAAAGCAUCCUUCAAGGUUUUCCCCGAUGCAGUGUUCACCUCAGUGCAUCUUGCUUUUCACAUCCAGGCACAAUCACUCCUCUCUUUAACUUUGUUUUUAGCACACAGGAGGGUAAUCACAAAAAGUAUCUCAUGAAAAGACUUUCCCCCUCCAUCCCUACACACAAGCCCCAUUACUUAUGUCACAGCUCUUUGCCACCUGCUGCAGCCUCCUCU